UCCCAGCCCACUUAAACGCUCACUCUUCCCAAUGGACCGUUCAUCGCCAUCCUCCGUUCAUCGCCAUCCUCCGUUCAAUCCGUCAACUUCCACGACUUUCUCAAUCGCAUGCGAAACCCAGCUUCCCUCGAUCUCGUUCGAUCCAUCAAAAGCUUCAUAGUUUCGUUUUCGUUUUAUACUGCAAAUCCUGAGAAUGAUGGGAAGAGAGUACAGGAGUUCUACCUCACAAUGGAAGGUGCUAUUAGAGAUCAUCCCUUGUGGGUUGGUGCUACCGAGGAAGAAAUUGACUCUGCAUUGGAGGGGUUGGAGCAGUAUGUCAUGACAGAGCUGUUUUCUCGGACGUUUUCUUCAACUCCUGAGGAUUUGAAGAUUGAUCAGGAAAUCUAUGAGAAGAUAUGCCUGCUGCAAACCUUCUUGAGGUCUGAGCAUUUGGAUAUACCGGUGGUACUUCAAAAUGAAGCUUCAUGGCUGCUUGUGGAGAAAGAAUUACAGAAAAUGAAUGCUGUAAAAGCUCCUCGUGAGAAGCUUCUCCGUAUUAUGAAUUGUUGCAGAGUGAUCAGCAAUUUACUUCUAAAUGCAUCGAUGUCAGAGAAUACGGUACUAGCAGGGGCUGAUGACUUCCUCCCUGUCCUUAUUUAUGUUAUGAUCAAGGCCAAUCCUCCGCAGCUGCACUCUAACCUUAAAUUCAUCCAGCUGUACCGGAGGCAGACAAAGCUUGUUUCAGAAGCAGCUUAUUAUUUCACAAAUCUUGUCUCAGCCAAGACCUUUGUUGUCGAUUUAAAUUCUAAAUCUCUUUCUGUUGAGGAAAUUGAAUUUGAGGAAAAUAUGCAAGCCGCAAGAUUAGCCAACAAAGUCCCACAAGUAGAAGUCUCGUCCACCUCAAACGAUUUUAAAGCCUUGGGAGAUGUGAGAGGUCCUGGACCAUCAGGAAGAAUUCAUGGCGACGGAAUACAUACAAGUGGUGGGUAUAAUUAUCCUUUUAUGGAAGCUGAGGCUGAUGAUUUAACAGUUAAAUAUGUGGAGAGAUUGCUGAGAGUGUACAGGGAUGUGGUAUCAAAAUAUACAAGUCUCUGUAGAUCAGUUAGACACAUUUCACUAACCAAGACAGUUCCCUCCAUUCCGGGUUCACAAGGAAAAAACGUCUUGUUUUUUCCUUCUGAAGAUGACAGAGGUUCAGAAAAGGGAUUACCUGGGAGUCCAGGUACAGCCAACGACGAUCUAGAAAAGGAAUUGCCAGGGAGUCCAAGAUCAGCUAAUGAUGAUAUAAAAAAAGAAUCGACCGGGAAGUUGAAGAAACGUCUGAAGACGAUAUAGAGUAGCUACAAUCAUCAACGCCGACUAAUCUUGAUCUUAUGCAAAAUCAGAAGUACCCUUUUUGACAGGUCUUUUCAAGACUCCUUGUUGUACCUAGUUUUGUACACGUUGUUGUUUUAUAUGGGGUCAUAUUUUCUAUUUGAGCUAAGUUUUGAUUUCUCAUGUAUGAAGUUUUACUAGUAAAUGCAAAAGGGAAUUAAAUGCUUUUGAACAUUGUUUGAGUAACAAAUGUAGUUUGAAUUAGCAGAAAAAAUUCAUUGAU